CAUGAAGACCUUUAUCAGCUAAAGGAGAAAUUAACAAAUUUCUCACUUGAGGAAAAAGGAGAGGCUCUAAACAUUCAGAAUCUUGAAACUGCAAUCAAAAGGACGGAAAUGGGGUUAAAAAUUCACAUCGAGAAGUAUUUAAAUGUUGUAAACCAUCAUGUGUUAACGACUCCUAUUGAUGACGAUAAUUUAUAUUCUCCUCACGCUUCCAAGUGGUUGCUUCCAGCUGUAAUUGAUCAGAAAUCAUUUAUUUUCCCUCUAGAAUCUGAGGGUAGACUUUGGCAAACCCAAAGACAGCACAGUACAUUUCCACAUGCCUUUCCGAGAAUAAAGCGAAAGAUAGGGUUGAAUGUAAAAAUCAUGCAGGAUCCUGAAAACAUCCACCACAGAGCUGCUGUAAAUGUGAACUACGGAAUCAGUUUGCCAUGUAUUAAUCAGAGAAAAGCCUGUUGGAGCCUCACAGGUACAGGGAGACAAAAAGAAAUCUCUGAUACAUCAGUGUCACACUUCCUCGCUGCCAUCUAGCUCCAGUUAGACUUUCUGAUGCAACACAUUCGAAGAUCUACAGAAAAUUUGACUUUGAUUUAUUUAGUUUAGAUAAAAAGGGUUUCUUACAAGGCUUCAAACAUAUAUCUGUUAGCAUGAAUUUUAAAAGAACAAUUAUGAAUGCAUAACAAAAUAACCAGACAAAACAUUGCUUUGAAUCACUGCACAAAUAACUCUGAUUAUAACUGUUAUGACCUAGAAAAGAAUCAUAAAACCAUUUUUCUUGUUGGCAACCUAUGAGUUGCUGUAGAAAUAUACCAGUCCUUUGGUCCCACUUUCCAAAUAAAUAAAUAUAUAAUGCAAUGUAAA